AUUGGGUUAUGGGUUUUAGAGGGGUUUUACGGGUUUUUGCGGGUUUCUAAAUAUUAAGUUUUUCACAAAAUCAAAACCGGAAAUUUGUUGGGUACCAGAUUUACCAGUUCAACCGUGGAUACGGGUCGGAUUUCAAAACACUGGAUUAAUCCCAUUUGUGGAAGAUGACUCAUAUCAAGUCCGAAUAGCACACUAAACAAUUUGAUGGCUUUUUUAAAUUUCCAUCUCCGAGUAUAUGGUGCACUUGGUUCCAAACUAUCAGUUGUCCAAUAGCAUUGACAUCUUCUUGUUUGACAGUAAAUAUAACAUUUUUAUCUUUCUGCAUGUGUUAGGACUGAGGAGUAUCUUGAAGACUCGAAAGAAGUGGGGAUUACUUGAUCAAUCCACAUUUAUAUAAAAAAAUAAAGAUAAAUAAUUUUUAUCACAUAUAGGCUUAGAUAUUUUCUCAUUAUUACGCAUAUCUCAACAUUCAUUAAAAAGACCCACCAACUAGUCCUGGUGAAUAACCAAAACGUGAAAAAAAACAAAUUGAAACGAUCAACAACCGGCAUUAAGCACUUUCUAUUUCAAUUUGAUAACAUUUUAUACAAUGUCAAUACAUCUUUUACAUACUAUUUGUCAACUGAUUCUAUUAUGUUAAUAAUUUAAUUUUCUUUAAGUAGUAUUAUUUUAAACACAAUGAAUUGUGAAACUUCUUUUUUUUUGGGUCAAAGAAAAGAACUAUGAAACUAUAUAUCAUGAAAUAUGUUUUAAUACUUUUUGGUAUGGGUAAAAACAACACUCGGAGAAACAUCCACGUAAAUAAUAUAAACGUGGCAACACUGCAGUUCUCUAACCUUUUGCAACUGAUUCAUCAAUCAUCAAUGUGAUUUGCGUACAUUGAGUAUAUCUUUUUGUUUAGUCGCCUAAGACCACCCACGAUGGGGGCAUUAAAAAUCAGUUUCAACGGUUGAAAUCUUUGCAAUGAGGAUGUUGAUAAAUUGAGUUAAUCUAGGUGGCAUCAACACAUGUUGUAAAGUUUCAACUAUUGAAACUUUUUUUUUCAGCGUUACCACAUGUUGCUUUCUGAUUGGUUGUGCAUAUUUUUUUUUUAUUUUUAUACUCACCCAAUAAUUUAAAUGCAUUUAUUAUAUAAUUUUUUUUAAGAAAAAUAGAAAAAUUAUAUCAAAAUUUAAAUUUUUUUUAUCUAUAAAUAGACACUACUCUCAUUUCGUUUGGAUACAGAAAAAAACAUUUUUUCUUUAUAAUUAACUAAUUUAGUGUUUUAUUCUUUUUUGUUAAAUGGAUCCUAAUAAUAAUUAUUUAAAAAAAUAAGUUAAGUAUAAUAAUUCAAAAUAAAUAUUACUAAAAAUUAUGUUAUUAUAGUUUUUAAAUUAGUUAUUAAUAUGUAAUUAUUUUGUUGUAAAAAACAAAAAUAUGAAUUAAGAGUGGUGGAGUAAGGUGUUGGGUUUUCUAAAACAAACCAUUAUAGAAGUUUAGAAUGAAGUGAGUGUUGAAUAAAUUAGGUGGAAUAGAGAUGAGAUAAUGUGGAGUGUUAAAAGGAGAAAAUGACGGUGUUGAAAAUAGAGAAGGUGUUGAAACUAUUCUUAGACCAUCUCCAAUGGUUUACUCUAUUUUUUACUCUAAAAUAGAGUAACUCUAUAAUAGAGUUUGAGUUUGCUCCAAUGAUACUCUAUUUUAGAGUAGAAAAUAGAGUAAUGAACAUAAAAAAACACAAAUUACUAUAUAUUUGGAGUAAACUUAUUUUUUACUCUAUUAUAGAGUGAAAAAUAGAGUAUCAUUAGAACAUUUUUUACUCUAAAAUCUAUUUUGAAGUGAAAAAUAGAGUGGAGUUGAAGAUGUUCUUAGAUAGUCUAAUCUAGAUUAUAGAUUCGCUCAGUCGUCACGUGGAUUAAUUAUUAGCUAAUUAAAAGCAUCAUCCUAAAAUAUUGUACCAAUACGAUCUGGUCUGACUUUUGGAUUUACCACAGAGGACGCAGACAGGCUAAUUAUUAGCUGGUUUUCACAUUUUGUCAAUAACUAUCUUCCAAGUACACACAUGCCAGAAGUGACGUGGCAUCAAAUUUCAGCAUAGGAGUAGAAUUGUAGGACACAUUCAGACACCAAACUCCCUGCGUUUAGAUUUUGUUCUCUCUUCUAAAUUACAAGUCAUGCCACUCCCGGACAUAGCCAUUAGCAAAAUUUUACGACUAGUAAUGCUUUUUUUAUGUUUUUUUUAAAAAAAAUCAUAUUUUAAACUUCUUCACUUGUUAUACGUAUAUUUGUGCAGACUGAUAUACUAUUGCUUUGCUUCUUUGAAAUUUGUACGUACAUCAGGUGUUUUUAAUAGAGAAUAUUACUUUGUCUCUUUCAUUUUUUGGUUUGACUAGCUUUCUUUCUUUCAGCUUUCUUUGUCGCCACAUUUUCAAAAUUCAGUACCAUAAUUUUUCCUGGAUCACUUUUUUCCUUCUCUCAACUUUCUGGACCACCCUUUUCCCAUAAUUGAUAAACCAAGUGUGAUUUUUGAUUAAUUCAUUAAUUAAUUAAAUUAAACAAAAUUAUAGAUGUGUAGCCCAAUCCUAUAAUAAUCCACGCUUAAUGGUUUUUUCUUCCUUUUCUUCUAAUUAUAUUUUGAAAUUAACAUAAUUAAGUUUUUAACUUCUUUUUCAUGGUUCCACUUAAAUGUUUUGUUUUGAAUUACUGACGCUAUAACCUUAUAUUAUGUGACAAUGAAUUUAGACCGUGUAUAUAUAUAGGAAGUCGAAAGAAGACACGAAAGAUAAAGAAUUCUCACAGUUUUGGGAAACGAUUCUUGUCACGUACUGUUAUAUAUCUUCUUCGCAUCGGUUUCUACUUUGGUCUAACUAAAACAAAAAAAAAAAUUGCAAAGAAUUAUAAUUAAAAAGUAAGUUUGUUAUCGUUUCUUUUGUAAGCAACCAUUACGUACGUUGUUAACUUGUUAUCCUAUGAAAACACUAAUAAUUGAAUCUACUAAAACAUAUACUCACUAAUAACUUGCCCUAAACACACAAAAAAAACAAACAUAUAUAGAAUGGUGAAACUGGAAAACAAGAAAGUAAUAAUAAUAACAAGGACUUAUAAUCAAAAGUAAGAAGUUUAAACGUUGCUUUCCACAGUAUAUUUAGCUUGUUUUAUUUUCUUUCAUAAACAAAAGUAGUUUGUUAUCUAUGAAAACAUUAAUAAUUGAGUCUACUAAAACAUAUAUACGCACUAAUAAUUUGCCCUAAAAGCACCUAAAACAAGCAGAGAUACAACGUUCGAAACUGGAAAUGAAUGAAGGGUAGCGAGACAAAGAGAGAAAGAGAUAGUGGGUGUACUUCUUCUUAUACGCAUCAUCCUCCUCUUUAAAUAUCUUCAUCACUUCGUGUUCUUCAUAUAUAAUUUACCUUUGUUAAGGAAACAACAAUAAGCGAACCUCUCUCUCUCUAAACUCUCUUUAUACACAAAACUGUGGAGUCUGCAUGAUGGUGGUGCUAAUAAGAAACGCAGCGGCAGCUUUCAGAUGAUAAUUGAUCGCUUAUCAAUUCAGCGACAGUUCCAACUCAUUUCGGCGACUCCACUAACCGUAACAGCGACACUUUUUGAUCUCAUCACCUUCAUCGUAACGUCCUAUUUCUUGUCGCUGCGAUCGUCCACAGAAUAGGGCCAUGAUACGGGUCAUUCAUUUAGCUCUUGUUUUACUCAUAGCGACAACUGCCCAGUCACAUAAUUAUAUCCUGGCUUCCGAUGGAGACACCGUAGAAUGCGUCGACCGGAAUAAGCAACUGGCUUUUAAAAACUAUCUGUUACGAAACCACAAAAUCCAGGAAACACCAUCAGAUUAUCCUAUUAUGAAGAAGGUGCAAAAGAAAAGCAUCUUGCCAACUUCUGAAGCGCAAAUUAGCACCGCAAAGUGUGAGAUCGGAACAGUGCCGAUACGACAAAAAGGGGCUAUUUCGAAUCAUCAGAGAACCCCAAAAACUAGCACCAAUUCUACGUUUACUCCCCAACACGAGUAUGCGGAAGCAUCUGUGUAUGCCCCGCCGAAGCUAUACGGUACCAGAGCAACCAUGAACUUAUGGAACCCAUUGGUCGAAGAUAGUGCAGCUGAAUUGAGCAUAUCCCAAAUAUGGCUUUCCUCCGUGGAUGACACACAUGAUCUAAAUACCAUAGAAGUUGGGUGGCAGGUAUGUCCGGGGCUAUACAACGACAGCAAAACAAGAUUUUUCAUCUACUGGACGAGUGACGGAUACAAUAUAACCGGUGGCUACAACCUUGAAGAACCUGGAUUUAUUCAGAUUAGUAACAAUAUUGUCUUGGGAGGCUCAAUUACGCCGAUAUCUAGCUUUGGAGGAAGCCAAUACGAGAUGACAAUUCUCGUUUGGAAGGACCGGAAAAGCGGAAACUGGUGGUUAAGUGUUGGGAGUAACAACACAAUAAUAGGAUAUUGGCCACGGGAGAUUUUCACUUCCUUAGCAGAUCAUGCGGUUGCGGUGGACUGGGGAGGUGAGAUUGUAAAUUCUCGGAGGUUUGGUCGACACACGAAGACCGAGAUGGGCUCGGGACAUUCUCCCGAGGAAGGUUUCGGGAAAGCGAGUUAUUUCCGAAACAUAGAGACUGUAGACUGCAACAACACCUUCCAGUCUAGCCAGGUGAUACAUCCGCACGCUGAAAUCACGAACUAUAAAAUCAGUGUUUUUCGUACCGAUGAUUGGGGCACCUCGUUCUUUUACGGAGGAUCAGGAUCUAGCCAUACGCAUUCAGGAGUUGCUCCACUAAGUUUAAGUUUUUCUCUUAUUUAUCUUAUUUUCAGUUUAUUUUUCAUUAUCAUUUAGUUUAUUUCGUAUUUUAAUAUGUUCGAUUAAGCCUUUUGUGUAGACUUUGUUUAUCGUGGACAUUUUAUAAUAAAAAUCUUAUGUAGCUUUGCAAA